AUUUGCAAUCGAGAAAUGAAUUCAGAAAAUGCUGUGGCUGAUCAUUAUAGAUCAGGAAAUCACCAGAAGAAUCUAGACAAAAAGGUGAGAGAAAGUGGUGAGCCAUCUUACUUAAGUAGGGCAUCAGAUUUUGCCUCUAAUUCCUUGCGACAUCGACUGCUCAGUAGCCAAAUCAAACCUCUUGGUCUCCAAAUGGUUGAAGAAUAUGAAAAAUACCCUGAACAUAUGUAUUAUAAGUGUAAUCUUUGUGCAGCACAUGGCAAACUGGAUGCUAUGUAUCACCAUCUCAUUGGCAAUAAACAUACUGAGAGAUACAUAAAAUCAGCAUGCCUCUUGCAGAAUUCAGUAUUGACUGGUAAUGAACGUGAAGAAAUACGCAAACAACUAGUAAAGAUAGAGGGCAUUAACUGUGAAUCAAUAAAGACUUACUAUGGUUCGGAAUUUUAUCCAAGAAAAUGGGAACAAGAUGGUGCUGUUAAAAAGUCUACCUUAUAUCAUCCCGUCAAGAAGGAGCUUGAAUCUGGCACUUCUUCGGACUCUUCAUCUCCAGUGCCUUUUAGAAGUAGAUCCCCUUUAAGCCAGAGGUCUAGAAGUAUGGCAGACUCACCAAAUAUGUCACCAAAGAGGUACAAGCGAUCACCAAGGUCAAGGAAAUCAUGGUCCCCUGUAAGGUCACCAAAAAGACCUGCAAGAUCUCCAUCUCUUUCUAGAUUUCGCAACAAAUCACCACCUCAGGAAUGCAUUGAGGCUGCAAAAGCACUCCUAGAACCGAAGCUGAGAGCCCCUCCACCACCACCUCUUCAGCAGUUAACUUUGCAAACACCUGUGUCAACACCUCUUCAAAAACCUUCACCAUUACCAAGACAAGAAAAGAUGGAAAUGAAAGAUAAAGAUGUCCAAAAAUUUGAUCUGGAGGAACUUAUGAUUCAUAUGAACUUUAUCAUUAAAACACAUGAUAUGUAUGGUAAGUUAUUCUCUUUUGUAUGCAGUAUUGAAAAUGUAACUGAUGUAUUUAUUUUUUAGGUAAAUAUAUCAUUUAUAGUAUUUAAAGGCUUUUGCUAUUAUCAGCCAAUACUGAUAAUGCUACUGCUUUGUGAAGUAAGGAAAGAAUUAUUUUAGUUGUUCAUGAUAUAUAUGUAAUGAAUCAGAGGAUCUCAAACUGGAGGUAAAAGCUCAAAUAUAGUGUAGUUUUAGAAUAUCCUAUUCAUAUCUUAAAUCUUAAUAAGGUAUCAACUUAAUUAGUGUACCAUAACCCACUGCUAACAUGUUAUAUUCACUGUAGUAUUGUUUUCAGAAAUGUAUUUACACACAGAUGGCUUCACAAGUGCAAAGCCAUAAAGAAUUUAUUAGUAGAAGUAUAUGGCCUGACCUAAUUUCCCCGUUCCUUGAGUUAUGAUAAAAAUGUAUUUUUACGAUGCUAACAAGGUUGAUGUUGGUCCUAUUGUUAUUGAUAUUAUAAUUAUUAGUGUUAUAAACAAUACUAAUAGCAAUAUGAAAUAGAAAAAAUAUAUUUUUAAAUAUAAAGGAAAAUUGUAAACAGAUAAGAUGUAUAAGUUUAAUAAUUGAACCUUGGUGACUAAGCAUUUUUUGAGCCAUUUAUGUGUAAAUACUAUUAAUAAACUAAACUCACUGUGGGCAUGGCAUUCAUUUGCAUGCCAUCAUUGGUGGCAGAAGGUUAUAGUAUAGGAAAAUAAUAAUUUAUAAUGUUUUCUCUAUGAACAUGCAUCAUUUUUUUUAUACAAAAUGCCAGUCUUUGAAAGCUUACUGAGUCUCCAAUAUUCCAGAAUUUUUUGUAUGAUUUGUUUAGCCUGUAUGAUUUGUUUUCUAGAGCAAAAAUGUCUGCCAUUACACAACUUUCUGGUAGGUUUAUUACACUCAGACCUGACCAGAGCUAUAUUCAAAUUUAAAUAUCACAAACAUUUUUUCUUAGGAAAAGCACCAUAUCCCUAUGGUACCCAUUGAAAGACAUACACAUGUAAAUCCAAGAAGAGGUGGCAGAUUAUGGAUUUGAUUCAUUCACAGUAUAAAGCUAAUUUUCACCUAAAUGGUGACAAAUAGACAUGCAUAAUUAGACUUGCUAGAAUUGUUUGUAUAUCUUGUACUAUAUGGCAGCCUUUCCACAGCCUUUCAAAGCUUUGAUAGUUUGCAUCCCCCCAAUUCCUCUGUCCAAUUCCUAAAAUAUGAGAGCUGUGUUGAAAGGAUGAAAGGCUGACUUUGUGCCAGUCAUGAAUGACCUCAUGGAGCUACAGGCUUGGUAUUCCCUUGGUAGUUGUCUAGCCCUUACCCCUCAUGGGGACCUUGAAGGGUGGACCGUUUAUCAUACCCACUUAUUUCAGGCUUCCCAUGGUCAGUAAUGAAGAUUUUGUACCCCUAAUAAGGGCAUUGCACCUUUAUCAAUAAACUCCCUAAAUCUGA